AACCUGAAAAUAUUUAUGUGCAAAAAGUUCUAUUCCAUCUUUAAACCAAGUUAUUUGAGGUCUUGGUAAACCUUGUGCCAUGCAGAAGAAUGUAAUUUUUCUUCCUAGCAUGUAAUCAAGUUCAAAAUGGGAACAUUUCACAAUUCGAGCACCCUGCAAACAAUAGUGUAGGCUGUUGGUAGUGUAUUGUUUUGGUAAUGACUAGAUUUUUCACGUGUAACAAUUUAGGAAGUGAAUCAAUUCUGUAAUUAUUAAAUACUAAACCCUAUUAAUUUUUUUAAACAUAUUGUUAUACUUACAUCUUUGUGGUCAUAGUAAUUAGCACUUGCUGGGUUGUGUCGAAUGAGAACAGGCAUUCUAGAUCCAUACCCUCGUUUGCCCCCUCCUCUGCCUUUACCCCCUCCUCUGCCACCUCCUCCACCUCGUGCACCUUCUGUUGUUUCCAGCCAUAACAAACAGCAUAUGCACACACAUAACAGAACCAACUGUUGACAUCGGAUCGCCAUCGAAAAGUGCAAAAGUGGCACAGCCUCAUAUAUCAUAGAAGUGUCCAUUUAAUAGCACUUAGGAUAUGAUUGCAACAUCUCAUAUGUGGAGAUGAUGAACUGCAUGGGAUUAUGGAAUGUACCUUAUGUCAGUGCUUGCUACUUGAUUAAUGCAUCAGUAAUCAACAAUCCUGAAACAAGACCUAUAUACAUUGAUGAACAGCUGGAUCCUGAUAUGUCUUUCUGCAAAACUAUGAGGGACCGGAAUGUUUUCAUGUACGUAAGCAAUCGAAUGGAUUUUGGACAUUUGGUAAAUGGUGAUAAUUAUGAUACAACCAAGACAAACAGUGAAAUGUACCAACUAUUAGAUAAUCGUUGGGAUUGGGAACAACGUUAUCUCCAUGAAAACUACUCUGAGAACUUCAAUCCAAACAAGACAGCCAUGCAGCCUUGUCCAGAUGUUUAUUGGUUUCCAAUUGUUAAUCCUCGCUUUUGUAAGGAAUUCAUUGAAAUUAUGGAAGCAUUUGGUCAGUGGUCUGAUGGCACAAAUAAAGAUCCCCGAUUAUUGGGUGGCUAUGAGAAUGUCCCUACCAGAGACAUUCACAUGAAUCAAGUUGGUCUUGAGCCACUUUGGUUGGAAUUUCUGAAACAGUAUGUGAGACCAUUACAGGAAAUGGUUUUCACAGGUUAUAUCCAUGAUGAUCCAAGAAUAGAGGGUGGUUAUGAAGCUGUCCCCACUCGUGACAUCCACAUGAAACAAGUGGGUCUGGGCGAUAUGUGGGACUUAUUCCUUGAAGAGUUUGUGAUGCCUCUGCAACAGAGUGUUUUUAUAGGUUACACCAAUCCACCUCGCUCUUUAAUGAAUUUUGUGGUUCGUUAUCGGCCCGAUGAACAACCAUCUCUCAGGCCUCAUCAUGAUUCAUCUACAUACACAAUUAAUAUAGCACUCAACAGACCAAAUAUAGAUUAUAAGGGUGGAGGAUGCCGAUUUAUUCGGUAUAACUGUAGUGUUACUGACACCCGUCUUGGUUGGAUGUUAUUGCAUCCUGGUCGCCUUACUCAUUAUCAUGAGGGUCUGCGUGUCACAUCUGGUACUCGUUAUAUAAUGAUAUCCUUUGUGGAUCCAUGAAGAAAUAUUCCGUCUUCUAUUGGCUGUGGAUACAGAUUGCUGCUUCAGAACGGUGCUACAAACAAAAACUAAUCUUUUAGGAUUGUUUUUGUUUUAAAGUAAUGGUAACUAAAAAAUACUAUAUACAAGAUGUGACGUGAUUUUUCAUUAAGGUCUAAUGUGUUAAAAUUAAAAUUAAUUUUCAGACCUAAUUUUGUGAAAAAGUGAGUAAGCAAGCUGUCUGGUAGUACAUGCUUCAUUAAGUGUGUUAUUUGUUGCCCAAAGAAAUCAAUCUGUACAUGGGCUGGAUUAUUGCAUUACAUGAGAAAUAAGUACCUAAACAUAUAAUUCGAUAAGUUUUCAGUAAGUCUGAUAAAAUGCUGAAGUGCAAUAUUGCAAUUAGUGAUGUGAUUCACACAUAAAAUAAUAAUUUCAUAUUCUCUUUCAUCCUGUAUGACCACACAACUAAAAAUGUUUCUCAAUUUUUCUGUCAUUUUUAUUUCUGUGGAGAUAAUUAUUACACCUUCAUUUUCAUUAAAUAGAUUUAAAAUUUUUUUGAAAUGUUAAAUUGUUGGGGGUUUGUUUUGCUAAUUUUCCCUCUUCAUUCUCAGUGUUUGUACUUGUGGAAUGCAUUUUAUAUUCAAGGAGUAAAAGCAAAAGAGCAUGCUAUGCAAUAUUAACAUUCUUAUGAUUUACACUGUUUAUUUGUUUUGAUAAUGAAUGAUUGAACUAGAAUAUAUGUUUUCUUCAAAAUAUUGUUUUAAACUAUAUAUACUGUAAAAAUGCUACUCUAAUUCUAAAUAUAAUAGUGAAACAUGUAUAUGAGGCUAAUGAAGCAGUAUUAUCAAACUUCGUGUAAUUUGUGAGUAAUUUUUUGUGGCCUAAUAAUGAUUUAAUACAAUGUAUUUUAAUAGUGCAUACAUAUAAAAAUAGGCCAUCAUACAUUUGUAAAAUCUUAAUGCCAUUGGUGAAAAUGCUGGGACCAUUUUGAAAUCCUUUCCUUCAUUAUUUGUUAUACAGAGCUGUUAACUAAUUAUUUACUUAAUACAUUUUAUUAAUAUAAGACUUAAAUAUUUUAUAUAUUUUACUGAUUGAUUUAAUGUAGUUGGAUUUGACAAAUCAUGCACAUACUUUUUAUGUGUAGGUAUUAUUUGUAGAUUUCUAAUACUCAUUUUCUUUCUGAGCUGGCAGUGCUGCUUAAAGCAGUGUAUUAUAUAAAAGUUACCCAAGACAGAAUUGUUCCUAUUAGUAAGUGUAAUGGAAAAAGAGAAUUUAAAAGGUGCACUAGUCAUCAAAAUUAUGAAUCAAUGUAAAUUUAUGUGUACAUGCAAUUACAGAUCUAUAGCUUUUGAAUGUAUAAAAAUAGACUUUGCCUAUUCUUUAAUUAAAUUGGGAGCUACAUGUGACAAUAUAUUAAGUCACAAUAUCUGAUCUCACAUUGAUUUGCAUUAAUGAUAAUUGUUUGAAAGAUGCAUUCCAAUAAUAUAGUAUGUGUGCAUACUCAAACUCUUUUCAUUUACUAGGAAACAAUUCUCUCUCAAAACAUAUUGAUGUGUGAACAUUACAUUAAUAAACGAUUGUGUUCAUCUAAUGUGGAUAAAUAUGUAUUAAGUGUAGUUGUGGAACAUGUAUGAUAUGAAUGAUAGAUAAUGAAUAUCACAAAAAAUAUUUUCUCUAGUUUCAUUUGCUAAGCCUGUUUUCAAUCAAGCUUAAAGGGAAAUUUUAUGAUAAACAUGUCCUUUCAAUAUUUACUCGGCUGUCCGGGUGACGCCGCGUCCAUGGCGAAGGUGCCGACGUUUCGGUCGCCAUUCUGCGACCUUCCUCAGGGCGUAAUGCCUUGCUGCCUGAG